AUGGACUUCACCAACGCUAGAGAGCAUGAGCCUCAUGAUGAGGUGGUGAAGGAUGCAUUCACCUUUUUAGAUGACUGGGAGUCGGGAAUUCCGCGUGAUGUCCUGUUGCCGCUGUCAAUGGAUUCACAGCCUUGGUUACUGAACUCGCGAAGCAUUGAAAAUGUUGCAAUCGGCUCGGGCGAAAUAUGA